CUAUGGAGCAUUUCCCGCUUCCGCCCGCAGCUAAAAGAACCGGAAGUUUAUGUCUGAGCGUCAAGUCCCCAUUCAUGCUUGGCUGGGGAGGCGGAAGUGGCUUCUGCAGCGGCCGCGGCAAUUGGGGAAGCAUUUUCAAGCCGGAGAUGAAGCCGUCCAAGGUGGUCAAGGUCCGCCCAGGCACAAGCAAAGCAUGUGGAAAAGAGGAUGUUGCUGUAUCAAAUGAAGAUUAUAUUGUGGGGCAAGUGGCCAACAGCCUAUUUCAAAAUCAACCCACAGCAUGUGGUGCAAGUCCCCUGGUACGACUCUUCAGUGCUCCUGAGGCUGCAAUACAGCCAUUAUAUGUUGCUGUGCCAAGAGAAAAUAAGAAACGGAAGCAUACGGAAGAGGCAAUUGCCACCGAAGUUCAGAACCUAUCUACUAAAGGAGAGCCUUUGAAAAAAACAAAGAAAGCUAAAAAGGAUCUCUCUCUAGCAGAGGAAAAAGUAGCAAGCAGGGAAUGUGUUUUGGAUGAAGCAGAUGAAGAGGAGAAGAAAGAAGAACAAGAAAUUAAGCAAAAGCUGAAAAAUAGACAUUCCAAAUUGGUUACCAAAAAGCUUUCAACUUCAGAUGAAGACGCUGGACUAAAACGAAAGAAAACACAAGUUAACCUGGCUGAGGAAAUGCUCAAGAAUAAGAGGACUCUCUUUGUAGGGAAUUUACCUGUUAGUUGUACGGCACAGAUGCUGAAGAUGUUUUUCAAGGAAUAUGGACAAAUUGAAUCGGUUCGUUUCCGCUCUUUGAUUCCAGCUGAGGAUACUCUGUCCAAAAAAAUGGCAGCCAUAAAGCGAAAAGUGCAUCCUAAUAUGAAGUAUAUUAAUGCUUAUGUCGUUUUCAAGGAGGAAUGUGCAGCUAAUAAAGCUUUAAAACGUAAUGGGACAGAAUUUACCAGUGGAUUCCACAUAAGAGUUGACCUUGCUUCAAAAUCCACAUGUCAUGAUAACAAGAGAUCGGUAUUUGUGGGAAAUCUCCCUUAUGAAAUUGACGAUGAUACUGUAAGAGACCAUUUCUCUGAAUGCGGAAGCAUAAUCAGUGUACGAAUUGUGAGAGAUCGGAACACGGGCAUUGGCAAAGGUUUUGGUUAUGUUCUGUUUGAGACCACAGAUUCUGUACACCUUUCACUGAAACUAAACAACUCUGAACUGAAAGGAAGAAGGCUCAGAGUGAAACGCUGUGUUGAAAGAGAAAAAGCUCAACAGAAAUGUUUAGUCAAGAAUGUUACAAAUCCUGUUGGACUGAAGUAUACAAAGGCUUCUUCACUGAAAAAUGCAAAAGGCUGCUCCAGUAACUCUUAUGCUGGCGAAAAAGCAGCCUCAAUGAAAAAGAACAAAAAAGGCAAAUCAAAAAACCAAAUGAAGAAAAAGUUGAGAAAAUCCAAGUGAAAUGCAAAUUUUGAAUUGUAUUUUUAAAUAAAAGGUAUUUUGUAGUCUU